GGGACUGGCAACAGAAAGUAAAAAACUGUGAUUGUGCUUAAUUCUUUUGAACAUUUUCGCUUUAACUGCAAAACAAUAAUAAUUUAAAAUGCGUUUGGGAGCUACAGUACCGAAUUUCAAAGCUGAAACCACCAAGGGGCCAAUCAGCUUCUACGAUUGGCAGGGAAGCGCCUGGGUUGUGCUAUUCUCCCAUCCUUCGGACUUCACACCCGUCUGCACCACAGAGUUGGGUCGCAUCGCUGUUCAUCAGCCAGAGUUCGCCAAGCGUAAUGCCAAGUGCUUGGCUCACUCCGUGGACGAUUUGAAAUCCCAUGUUGAUUGGGUGAACGACAUCAAGUCUUACUGCUUGGAUAUUCCCGGGGAAUUCCCCUACCCCAUCAUUGCCGACCCUCAUCGCGAUUUGGCUGUACUCUUCGGCAUGUUGGAUGAAGAACAGAAGCGCGACCCGGAAAUCGGGAAAACUAUUCGUGCGCUGUACAUCAUCAGCCCCGAUCACAAAGUGCGCGUGUCGAUGUUCUACCCCAUGUCCAUGGGCCGUAAUGUUGAUGAGAUUCUACGCUGUAUCGACUCACUGCAAUUGACUGACAAGCUGAAGGUUGUAGCUACACCCGCCAACUGGACUCCUGGCACCAAAGUCAUGAUUUUGCCCACUGUGUCUGAUGAGGAAGCCAAGCAGUUGUUCCCGAAAGGUUUUGAUAAGGUGUCGAUGCCAUCCGGUGUAAAUUAUGUUAGAACCACUGAGAAUUAUUAGUUAUUAAAAGAAAAACAAAAAAAAAAACCAAGAAAAAAAAACAAUUUGACUCUGCUUGAGUUGGGUUGAUGCCCAUUAUGUAUGUUUUAAGUUUGUGCUGAUCAUUUUAAAAAUGAUUUUGUGCUUGAUUUUUAGAUUAUUGUCACUGUUAAGUAGAAAACAAAUAAUAAAUUUUGAGUACAAUUCAA